AUGACCCCCAAUUCUACCCCAAAUGCUAACGACGAGGAGGCCGCUUCUCCAUCUGAACGCCGAUUUAGCGCGGUCGAGCCUCUAGACCGACUCCAUGCAACCCUCCCUGCAGUCCCACACCAAGCUGCCAACCUCGAUAUCCGUUCAAUCCCUACCACCUCUGCUGAACGCCGUCGAGCUUCAAACCUCGAUUUGUCCCGGGAUCAGGAUGUUCAACUCCCAGAGAAAAUCGCAGUGCAAGAGGACAGUAGGGAGGGCUUGCCGAAAGCAUAUUCUGAGGAAACAGUACUGUAUCUCGCAUACGGGUCGAAUCUGGCAGCGAAGACAUUCCUGGGCAUGCGUGGGAUCAAACCGAUCUCGAAAAUCCCCGUCCUGGUGCCAGAUCUGCGUCUCACAUUCGAUCUUCCAGGAAUUCCCUACGCUGAACCCUGUUUCGCAGGCACCCAUUUCCGCAAUGUUGAUGUUGCAUCCGAUCCAGACUCCGAAUCCGAGGUCGAUAUUCCUGAUGACGAGAAACUCCUCACGGAGAGCGAGUUCUUAUCGGAGGAAGCGUCGCUCCUGGCUCGAUCAAUGGAAACACGUGGGGCUGUUUUUCACGAGCGAAAAUGGCAUAAACCUCUCGUCGGUGUUGUUUACGAGGUCACACUGAGGGAUUAUGCCAAGAUUAUCGCGACAGAGGGCGGCGGCCGUGGAUACAGGGAUGUAGUCGUCGACUGCUACCCCUUCUCAGAAAACUACAAAUCCACGGACCCAGUCCCAGAUCACCCGACUACCCAGCGCUUCAAGACACAUACCCUUCUAUCACCGGCAGCGGAUGAUGAACGGAAGAGAAUAUAUGCAUCUAAGAGUAUCGAACCCUACACAGCAAGCAAGUCUUGCCCGGCGUCCUCGAUAUUCGGGGAUAUCGAGCCGCACAUGCGUCCAGACCCGGAGUAUGCGCAACCUUCUGCCCGCUACCUGGGAUUGCUUAUUACUGGUAGUGAAGAACAUGAUCUACCUGUAUCAUAUCGUGAAUAUCUUUCGAGUAUUCAUUCCUAUCACAUCACUACCUUCCGGCAGAAGAUUGGAAAGGUUGGCUUUCUUGCUUUCUGGGGACCGCCUAUUCUCUUGACACUACAGCUUUCCAAGGUCUUUGCUGGUCCUGAUGGACGCAUCCCGCCGUGGCUGGCUGGGGUGGCGAAUCUCUUGUUUUCUAAGAUGUGGAAAAGCUAUGAUUAUACCUUUAAGCCGUUGUUUGGGGAUGGCGAGAGGACUAUUGAAGAUAUUCCGUCCUUGUGA